GGGGGUGUUUUUAUUGACAAAAUUGUGUGUUUUUCCCAUCACGUUGUAGUGUAAAUGUUCUCGCUGUUUUGGCGACAAAAGGCAGCUUUGGGUGACAAUGGGCGAGUGUAGACCAGGCCUUUAGCUGCAAUGCCCGGGUGCUUAUGAAUCCUGUGGCAAGGGUCUCCUGUUAUGUGAAACUGGCAAGGAAGCAGCCCUCUGUAGGACAGUCCUGGGUUUUGUUCUGCUGCAUGUUCAGUCUUCUCUAGUAAAUAGCUCUGUUACCACAUGACUCUGUGUUAUUCCUAGCUCUGCUGUAAAUCUGGGCAAGCCCAGCACUGCACUUUGUUCAGUCUGGAAAGGUGCUGAGCACAUUCAACUCCCUGUGACUUUCACAGGGGCUGAGAGAGCUCUGCACUAGACUGGAUUGGGUCUAGUUUUAUCUUGAAUAAAAACAUUUUCACAAGGGUGUUGAGGUUCAAUGUAUAGGCUUUUGUAAUUGCCUCGUGAUCCCGUGGAUGGAAGACUGCCUAAUAAUCUAAUCUGACCUCCUACAGAACUGAGGCCUGGGAAUUUCAUCCUGUAAUAUCCUACAUCAAAUUAAUUGUGGUUAAACUAUGUGUCUUUAGAAAGGCAUCCAGUUUUGGUUUACAGAUUUACAUUGAUGGUGAAUCCACCAUGUUCCUUAGGUUAAUUGUUCCAGUGGUUGGUUGGCCUGUUAAAAUUUUGCAUUGUAUUUCAAGUCUGAGUUCAGUACAGAAAAAAGCCUAAUGAAAUAUCAUAAUGUAAGUACUUAUAGACUGUGAUUCUAUCCUCUUUUAACCUUAAGUCUUUUAUAAGACAGGUUUUUCAGAGCAUGAGUAAUGUGUUAGCUCUUCAAUGUAACAUUAUUUCUCUUUGAAGAGCACACAUCAAAAUCAGGAACAAUGUUCCAGUAAUUGUUUCACUAAAGUAAUCUACAGAAAUAAUACGACCUCCCUGCUCGUCUGUAUUCCCCUAUUUAGGCAUCUGAGAAUCACACGAGCUCUCCUGGCUGUUGUAGCAUGGAGUAAAAAUUGAAGAAGUCAAGAUAAAAUGAUGACGGAUUGGGAAUGAAAAUCUCUAGUUCCCUUCCUACUCCUGACCACGCACAUCUCAUGUUCCAGAAAUCAAGUUGUCCAGGGAACAUAUGCCAAUCCUCCUUUCUCAGUGUGGCCACUGCUCUUUUUUAUCUUUGCAGGCAGUGUCCCACGUAGCACUUGACAGCCCAGAAAUGUCAUUGUGUUAUGCCAAUCGUUCUGCAGCCCUCUUUCACUUGGGAAAGUUUGUGGCACUGCACCCAGUGGGAAUGACAGGAAUGAAGUCUUCAAGCAAGCACAGGAACAGAGCUUCCUUUUGCUGCUGUGCCAAGCUGCUUCCUCCCCCCUUGCCAAGUAGAGCCCAUGGGCCAUAUGCAGCCCAUGGCUUGCCUUUUGGUCCAGGCUGUGGGGCUCAUGGUCCAUCCCCCCCCACCAGCAGCAGGGAUUGUCUAGAAGACAUUAGCAGGGCUCAAGCCCAGGGCUAUCCAGACAGACUUCAGCCUAAGAUCUUGCUGCGGAAAACUGAAUGUUUGCUUCAUCUGGGAAGAUUACAGGAAGCGGCAGAGGCCAUCAGUGAGUUAGAGAGUAAAAUAGCUAUGGAUCAGAGUCUGACUAGUACCACGCACCAGACUCUGCUAAGAAAAAUCAGUCAACUCAAAAUGAAAGCAUGUGAGAAGGAGAGUAGCCCAGUGUCCGUGCCAGAAGCACUCAGCAAAACUCUAAAGGACUUGGAACUCUGGGAAGAGAAUGGUAAAAUUUCAAGUGCCUCCUCAUCUGUGGGCUUGAACUUUGACUCUUGCCGAGGACGUCAUCUGGUUGCCACCAAGGAUAUUCUGCCAGGAGAGAGCUUGGUGAAAGAAGAGGCCUUUGUCAGUGUGCUCAUCCCAGGGAAGAGCCUGUUGCUCCAAGAUGGUGCUGAAACUACAUGGGAUACUAGUGUCACUAAUGAGGACCUCCACUGUCACCACUGCCUGAGGCAGCUCUUGGCAUCCAUGCCCUGCAGGGGGUGUAGCUAUGCCAAGUACUGCAGCAAGGAAUGUGCACAGCUGGCAUGGGAGCAGUAUCACAGCAUAGAGUGCCCAUUAGGGGCGCUGCUGCUCACACUAGGAGUCUUUUCACAUGUUGCCUUAAGGACAGUUCUAGUGGCCGGAUUUGCAGAGGUUAUCAGCUCAAUGAAGCGGUUUUAUGAAUGUGACAAGGAGCAUCACAAUCCUGAAGUCAGAGGUAAGAGUGUGGAUGAGACUCUCAAUUCCCAAGCUGGCAUGGAGGGUGUCUCUGAGAAAGCAGUGCCUCUAAUUCCUGGUUGUGAGGAUGAUGGACAGUACCGGGCUUCUUACCAAGCUAUCUUCCACCUUUUGACUCAUGCUGAGAACCACAGCCCUGAACACAAGUUCCUUUGCAUCCUGAGCAUAGUUGCCAUAUGCAAGAAACUUCAGGAAGCGGGUGUGACCAUUUUGAGUCAGGGGUCAUGUGAGAGCCAGUCCAAUGUGAAAGCACAAGGGAAGAUGUCUGCUGAAUUGUCUCCAGAGCUCAAGAUCCUGGGAGAAGCAAUGCUGAGGCAUAUGUUGCAGCUGCAAUGUAAUGCGCAAGCAGUGACUGUAAUCCGGGAGUCAGCAUCUGGAGACAGCGCUGUUGCAAACAGUGAACAGGUGCGCCUGGCCACAGCCCUCUUCCCUGUCACCAGUCUCCUGAACCAUUCCUGCGACCCUAAUACAAGUGUGACUUUCAGCGGGACUGCUGCCACAGUCAGGGCAUCUCACCCAAUCACAAGAGGGCAAGAGAUUUUCCAUUGCUAUGGGCCGCACUAUUGCAGGAUGGGGGCUGCUGAGAGGCAGCGAUGGCUCCUUUGUCAGUAUUUCUUUGAGUGUCAAUGCCAGACCUGCCUGGAUGAGUUGGGAACUGAUGUCACAGGCAUAGCAGCCCCAAGGGAGAGAUUCUGCUGUUCCAGCUGCCAUGCACCAAUGCAGGGGGAAGAUGUGCUCCGUUGUUCCAGUGGUGCUUGUAUGCCGUUGGUUGGCAGGGAUUUCCUUCUACGCCGGUUGGGGGACCUUCAGAUGCAAAUUAGAACAGCGCUUGAACUUCUCAAAGACAACCAGCCUAAUCAGGCUGUUGAGCUGCUGCUGAGGUGCCGGGUGGAUGCUGAAAACUUCCUGUCUGCAGAGCACUUGCUGGUGGGCGAGAUUGAGGAUCGCCUGGCACAGGGUUAUGCCAUGCUUGGAAAGUGGCAGGCAGCAGCUGGGCACCUGCGGCGCAGCAUUCAAAUUGUGGAAGCUCACCAUGGGCCAUCCAGUGUGGAAAUGGGUCAUGAACUCUUCAAACUGGCACAGAUCCUCUUUAAUGGGUUUGCAGUGUCUGAAGCUCUGAGCACGAUUCAAAGAGCAGAGGAGGUUUUGUCUGUGAGCGGUGGCCCGCAGAGCGCCCAGGUCCAGGAACUGCGGGAAAUGAGAGCCUGUCUGCUGGAGCUGCCCCGAAGCCUCCGUCACAGGGUUGAGUGACUAAGAAAGGAAGCUGCUGUGCUGAGCUCUGAGUGGCAGGGCAGCCAUGCAAACGAGGCCUGGCUGUGAGCUGGGGAGCGAAGCUGGUCACUGGACAUCAGUGUGCUACUGGCAGAAGGGCUGUCUCCUGGAGAGGAACGUUGCUGCAGG